AAUAAUGUAGAAAUAAGCAAAUUAUAAUCUGUGUUCAGAUUUGUUAAUUGAGAUUCGUUACUCUUGUUAAUGGUAUAAUAUUUUUAACUCUUCUCUUCAAUAUGUCUGCAAGGUGCCAACCCAGAUUCUCAACUGAUGAUGAUUGUGCACUAUUACCAGCGGACCCUGCUCUUGACAGCCCUAUGGAGGCGAGCCAAAGUUCCUAUAAUGGCUAUUUUCGACACCGGAUGUCUCAGGCUCAAAUCCCACACAUGACACGACUCGAGUCGAGUAUUUCGAUUCAGUCUCUCAGUGCAGGAACUCCUCAUCUUGAAGAGAGAAUGCGACGUAGGCUGAAAUAUUUUUUUAUGAACCCAUGUCAAAAGUACCAGGCGAAAAGGAGGAAGCCCUACAAACUAUUUUUACAGAUUUUGAAAAUUGUCAUCGUCACAGCACAAUUGACCUUAUUUGGAGAAUCGAAUCUUGCGCUUUCAAACUUCAAAUUAGAAAACAAUGAAGUUUUUCAAGCCUCGUUUCUGGGACAUAAUCGGACAUACUAUACAAAAUCAUCUGUAUAUUCGCAAGUGAAUGAGAUUCGGAAACAAUAUGCAAUUUGGAAAAACAAUACUGUUGGUAUAUUCAGUUAUCCUCCCACACCCCCUGGCAACAUUUCAGCGGAUAUAGCACCUCCAGUGGUCAUGUGUGUAACAAGUUACGACAGUAUCAGCGAAAAAUCACCCUCAACCUCGUUGGAUUUUGACCUCGAUAAACGCAGCACUGAAUGCUUUAACUUGGAAAAAUGGGUGAAAAUGAACGAUACAGAGGUUGAAAUCGCUAAAAAAAUUGUCAGAGAUGAUUACAUACCUUUAAGCAAUGGAACUUCAUACUACAUUGACUUCCCUCGUUUGAUAACGCUGGAUGUUGCCAUAGGAUUUCUUGUUGUUCAAAUAAAUACACCGAGGGGUUUUACUCCCCCCAUUUGCUUCAAUACUACAAUCCUAAUCACUUUAGAUAAUGCUGCACAUAAUGGAGUGCUAUUCCCAAAUCUUGUUUCGCAAUAUCAUAUGAUUCCCUGCAGCAAGGAUGAAACACCCUCUAUAAAUACAAUGAAGAUAUUUUUGAAUUUGUUCGAUUCAAUAAUUGUCCUAGUCUGCGCUGUCUCGAUGAUUUUGUGCUUACGAUCGCUCUGGAAGGCGCAGAUUUUAAGAAUGCGAUUCGAGACGUUUUUUAAAGCGCAAUAUAACAAAAAACUGAACAUGUCGGAUAAACUAGAAUUUUUCAAUAUGUGGUAUUUGCUUAUUAUCAUCAGCGAUGUCUUGACAAUCCUGGGAUCUUUGUCAAAAAUCGUUUUGCAAAACAAAUACUUGGGACUGGUGGAUUACAACGUUUGCAGUGUGUUUUUAGGUGUUGGUUGCUUAUGUGUAUGGAUUGGCGUUUUAAGAUAUGCAGGAUUUUUCCAUCAGUACAAUGUUCUUGUACUAACACUCAAAAAAUCAUUACCACACGUUUGCCGUUUUAUGGUCUGUGCUUCGUUAUUGUAUCUUGGAUUUAUGUUCUGUGGUUGGGUAGUGCUUGGACCUCAUCAUCAUAAAUUUCGAAGUCUUGUUGUGACGUCUGAAGCGCUUUUCUCUCUUAUUAACGGAGACGAUAUGUACAUGACUUUUGAAGAAAUGUCGAAGACGAGUACAGCUAUGGUCGUGUUUUCUCAGAUUUAUUUAUACGUAUUCAUUGCAUUAUUUAUUUACGUUGUUUUGAGUUUAUUCAUCGCUGUAAUCAUGGACACUUAUGAAACUAUAAAGGACUGGCAAGACCAAACCCAGCAAGACCAGUCAGAACUCGAAAAAUUUGUUGCACCUUGCACGGCAGAUGCGAGUGUUGAAAAUUAUGGAUUUGACACUUUAAAUUCCGCCACUAUGUGUUGUUGGUGUUGCUUCGGCAAUAAUGAAGAAGAUAUAGGAACAGAUGAUGAACUAUUAGACGACUAAAAAAUGGCUUCAUUUGAAUAAAAUUUCCAUCUCAUAAACUUUGACCUUUUAUGGAUCCCUGGACCCGUGCUAUGGAUAGCAUUUCAGUUUGCAACUUGAACUAUUGAUUCAUUAUAAGUUGUUCCAUCGAAAUUCCACAUCGAGUUUAAUAUUCAGUUGAAUUAUCAAGUCCAUCAUGUAUCUGAAACUAAUAACAGGUUACGUUUCCAGGGCUUCCCCAACCUUUUAAGGUUGCGAUCCCUUUCCAAUAUAUUAAAAUUUACUGUGACCUCUGUUAAGAAGGCAUUGUUAUGCCAGCGCGUUGCUUCACUGAUCUAAUGAAUUCUAUCAAAACUGUGUUUUUAAAGUUUUGCACUAAUUUUGAUAAUUAAGUUUCAAAGCAAGAGCCUGAAAAAGUAUAGUAGAUAUUUGUGUGGAAUUGCUGUACCCUUUGAGACCCCUAAAAAUGGUUACGAUCAGUUUUGAAAGCCCUGUAAUAUACUGGACAGGACAUAAACUGGUAACCGAGCGAGAGGUUAUGGUCCGCCAUAUGAUUAAGCUCUUACUGAUGAUAUAGUGCUGUAUGAUCAAGUACUGGUAGU